UUUUUAUUCGAACAACUAAAUUCAAAAAUAUGUUGCUAGAUAUCUAUUCGUGUUUUCCUUUAAAAUCCAAUUAGGCACUAUUCGAACGAUCUCUAAGUUAUAAUCAGAAUCUACCAUAUGAUUUCGACAUACAACUAGCCGAAUGUUAUUUGUUAGAAAUUUGUUUUCUUCUAAAAAAUAAACUAUUCAUUCUCAGAUCCAUAUUUUUUUUGGGGGAAAUAUAUCAUCUAUCCACUCCUGGACUCUAUUUGGAUAAAAUUUGUGAAAUUUAACAUUCAGAUCAAACACACGUGAAUAUUCACAUAUAUAUUCCUUCAUUUUUUUUUUGUUUUGUAAUUUAUGAAAUUACUAUUCAUCUAUAAUCUUAUCCGUCUGAUUCCCAAACAAUUUUUAAUUACGAUUACCAUUGAAAAUGAUUCCUGCAAAAUAUGCAAAUCAACGGUACUACUUGGGGUCAUAAAAUUUAACAUGUUCCGGGCCAGUUCGUAUUGCAGCAGUAAUGAUCAUUCUUCCAUCGAAUAUAAAUUCCCUGAUCCCCCAAAUUAUCAAGAUAAAACUGAUCAAAAUGGGGCAAUUAAGGACGGGAAUAUCAACAAUGGGCUAGCGAUAAAGGUGGAGAGAAAUCAUAUCAUAAAGGCGGACCAUCUGCAAAUUCCCACAGGUGUACAUCGCCCUGAUCGAAGGAUUGGGCUGGUAGGAAAUGUAACAGAGGGUGAUGAUCACGUAAAUAAUUUUGACAAUUUUAUUAAUAAACCCAUCUUGAAUCAACCGCGUAUCAAUAUUUUGGUGGAUAAUGAACUCCCAAAAUCGUAUUAUAAUCUAGUCGUCAAAUCUAAUGCUCAAAAUAUCCCGGAUGAUACAGACAAUCAACAUCUCAAAGCUCCACAAUUUCUGACAGGUGAUAACAAAUCUAAUUCUUCUAAUUUGAGUGGGGUCAUGUCUGACCUGCCAACCACUGUGAGCGAUGUCAAAUUCACGGAAAACUUGGAUAAAUUUGACUCCCAAAUCCAUAAACUAUUUCCCGGUUUAGCCAUAUACAACAAAGAAUAUUUCCGUCGCAAAAAAAUAUCAGACUCCAAAACCAGAAAAAUAUUUAUCAAAAGGGCCAGCAAGGGUAGAAACAAGUUAUUUAAAAACAAGAUAGGGGACGAUGCCGCUAACAUUUCGAGUAGGUCUCUCAACGAGGUGAGCCAAUUCGAGGAUAUGAUGGCGGGAUCCAAGAACACCGGUAAAAGGGUUAGAAAGAAAACUGUGCUCGAAAAGGCCAAGGAAGAGCUACAAACGGAUCCGGAUAUCAUAAAGGAGUUGAUUUUGGGUAAAAGAAUAGGAUUCUACAAAUUUAAAGGGGAGAUUGGAUCUGGAAAUUUCUCGCAAGUCAAAUUGGCCACCCAUUGCUUGACAAACGAAAAAGUGGCCAUAAAAAUCUUGGACAAAACAAAGUUAGACCAAAAGACGCGAAAACUUUUAUCGAGGGAAGUAUUCAUAAUGGAACUGCUACAUCACCCAAACAUCAUACGUAUUUACGAAGUCAUAGACAGUUUAACAAAAAUCAACAUAAUAAUGGAAUAUGCUUCCGGGGGUGAAUUGUACACUAAAAUUAAUAGGGAAGGUAGACUGGGCGAAUCUACAGCGAAAAAGCUAUUUUCGCAGAUAUUAGCCGCCGUAGAACAUUUACACGAGAAAUGUAUUGUACAUAGGGAUAUAAAAGCGGAAAACAUCUUCUUUUUCUCUCCGGAAAACGUUAAAUUGGGCGAUUUCGGGUUUUCAACCACUUGCCAAAAGAAACAACUGUUAACCACCUAUUGUGGUAGCCCCUUGUACGCUGCUCCAGAAUUGUUCAAAGAUGAAGGAUACAUAGGAACGUACGUAGAUCUGUGGGCACUGGGGAUACUUCUAUAUUAUAUGGUAACGGGCAAGAUGCCAUUCACUGCUGACACUAUGAGCAGACUCAAAAGAGUCAUAACGUCAGGAAUUUACGAAUUACCUCCGAGUCCCCCUAGGAGCAAGGAUGAAGGCGAAGACGACGAAGAAAGAGCUAGCUCAAAUAUCUACAAAAGUGACGAGACGUUAAAUUUAAAUACAGCGGCUCAAAGUCAACUUACAAAGGCUGAUGACGGUAAUAAACCGCCCUUAUCGCCAGAUUCAAGUAAGAAAUCGAAAAAGAUAUCAGCCUUUUUCCAGCAUUUGACUAAAGCCCAAUCUGCUCAAAGUGAUAAUGAGUGCGGUAAACACGGGGUCAAAAAGCUGACAAAUGGCUACGUUAUUAACGGCAAAAAAACCUCGGCUCUAGCUAAUAAUGUUGUCGAAAACCCUUUGUACUGCGGGUAUCACACGAGUUACUUCAAGAACUCUGACAUCACCCUAACUUUCGAAUGCAAAUACAUUAUAAGGGGUUUGUUGCGCACUAAUCCACCCAACAGUAGGUACUCGAUAGAUAAGAUGCGUUCUAGCCCAUGGUUGAGAGGACAAAUAUUUCCCAAAGCUCUAUCUCCCAUUCGAAUCAUUCCCCCCAUAGAGGAGGACAUCAACGACGACGCAAAGAAUGUAGAUGAACUAGAUAAAUCGGUGUUGAGAGGUGAUAAAACGGAAACUAACGCGAAAGUUGAUAGUGAAUUCGAUGAGGUCAAAAGAGAACUUUUAGCUCUAGGCAUAACGGAAUCUCACUUAAAAGAAGCCCUUAUUCGUAAUACUAGAAAUAGUAUCAUAGGAACUUACAGAAUUCUCUUGCACAAGGUUCACAAAUCACAAAAGCCUCUCAAGCAGAUAAGAUCCUCAGCUACAAUGCCCGACGUUGAUUCUUCCAAAGCACAAUCUCCACUGAAAAAGAAUCCGCUCUGUUUCUUAAUCGGCUCCAAAUCUCCCAGCCCUCUCAACGAUUCCGUCCUUCCUCCGUCUAAAUUCGAUAAUUCUCCGGACCAAACCAAAAAGAGCAUCAUCAAAAACGAUGAAAAUCUCGAAGAUACCGCGAAAACAAACUUCCUUAAAAGAUUUCUUAAUCCCAGCGAAGCCAAAAGAAUAGAAAAUACUAGGAACAAGGUUCAUCCUGAAUCACGUCAAGAAAAUCAAUUAAAAGAGACCUCAAAAAUAUGCGUCAUCUUAUGAUGCGGGGAAAAGUUUACAAAAUUCCCCCUAAAUUAGGCCACCCUCUUAAAAAUUAAGAAUCUCCUAAUAAAGUUACAAAAUAUGAAAAGAACACUUUAGAAAAAUAUUCAUUGAUUCCCAAAAAAAUUAAUUAUU